AGUAAGAUAAUAAUUCAUGAACAAAAGAAAUGGUUUUGGGGAGAGAGUGACAGACACUGUGUGUGUGGAGGAAUCAUCCAUGAACACCUGAUGCUCUUCUAGGGUUUCGUUUUACACACUUUCUUAUUAUUAUCUUCAUGGAUUCUCCAUCGUUUGAUAUCUUCCAGAUUUACAGCCGCUAUUGCGAAAUCACGUUGGAGGUGUAUGCUUCUGAAGGGGAUGGCUACAGGCAUGCCAAUGAGUCGAUGAAAGUUAAAUUGGCCAGAGAAGCGUUGUCCCAUCUACUAGAAUUGGUUGAGUCGAGGGUAUAUAAAAGGAUGUCAAUUUUUGAAGAGCUUUUUGUCCUUAUGUCGAGGCUUAAUUUGAUGGUAGACUCUCAAGAGUUCUCAAGAUUCUAUAGUUUUGUAUUCUUCAUUUGUCGUGAAAACGGUCAAAGAAGCAUCACUGUAAGUAGGGCAAUUAUUGCUUGGAAAUUAGUAUUGUCUGGAAGAUUCAGAUUACUUAAUCAGUGGUGCAGCUUCGUUGAGAAUAAUCAGCGUCACAAUAUCUCUGAGGAUACAUGGAGUCAAGUGUUGGCAUUUAGUCGCUGUGUACAUGAAAAUCUUGAAGGAUAUGAUCCCGAAGGGGCAUGGCCUGUUCUGAUUGAUGAGUUUGUCGAGCACAUGUACAGGAUGAGUGGAUCUGAAGAUACUCAUAAAUUAGGUUGCAAAUGCGGUGAUUCAGAAGCUCAACCGAUUUACGAGGCUCUAUCUGGAUUAAAAGUGUACCCCGGGGCAAAGAGAAAGUUGGAUGGCCAAGAACUAGAAUCUAUGGAUGCAUAUGUCGACUCCGACACCGUUAUUGUCUCCAAGAGAAGGCACACGAUGGAGCAUGGGAAACAUAACAACGCGUUUGGUUGCUCCAAGUCCCCUUGUGCGGUUGAGGGCGGUCUUUCAAAGGGUUUUGCACAACUUUUCUCAAAUCAUUCUUGUUUGCAGUUUGAUCAUGAAAGUAGAGUGUCAUUUACAUAGGAAAUUUUGUGUUCAUGUGAGUUGGUUUUAAAAAGCAUAAUCACCCAUUUUUCAUCAACUUCUUGGGUUCCGCAUUACAUUCAUCAUUGUUGAGUAUUAUAUGGUGUAUUAUGUGAUCUAUAUACAAAAUAAAACAAUGUUCUUUUGUAGUAGUCAUUA